AUGGCCGUGAAAGAUGAGGAUGCAUGCUAUCCAACCAAUUCCCUUAUCGCAAAAGAGUCACGCCGGCACUACCGGACUCGCAUAACUCCAAUUCAUUGGCAGCUACGAUCGCUCAUCGGCGUCUCGAGGUCCAACAAGGUGUACUAUCCCACGGGAACGGACAAUCUGCACAUCCAGGAAUUCAACACUGCCACAAAAAAGUCGGAGACGAUCGCACUCCUGUCCUUCUCCCCGCGAUGUCUGGUCGCGCGAGGCGGCUGGGUUUGUUGUGGGGGCGAAGAGGGCGAGUUUGUGGCCAUCCGGGUGGAAGAUCGGAGCCGACGAGUGCGCAAUUCGGCGCAUGGACGGGUGCGCGACGACUCCCACCACCGAUCACACAGCCGCGCUCACGGCAGGAGGCGGUCAGACAGUGUUAGGGCCGUUGCCGGUGGCGAUGACGGAGACGGCUCGAGGAGCAUGGACGACGAGGACUACGACGACUUUGACCUGCGGAUGGGCGAGCCGCCACGGGCGGCACUGGUCACGGUUCCGUCGCGGUUUGCGGCCAAGAGCCAGAAGUUUGGAAAGGAGCGGGUCAACUGCAUCACGAUCUGGUUUCCGUCGUUGAUGAUGGCCCUCGCGCCAGGCGCCUAUAAACAGGCCGUCGUGGCACUUGCCAACAAUGACAAGCAUGUCACGCUUGUCAGUCUGGACGAGAUGGAGGAGCUGGACGAACUGUCGUACCCAGAUUGCGUCAACCGGGCGGUGUUGUCGCCUGACGGACGAUUUCUUGCGGCCGUCAGCGACGAUCCGUACCUGUACAUUCAUGAGCGGGUAAAGCGCGAUGACGAGGUUCCGCCACCGACGCGCAGGCGCACGGAUCAGCCUCCAGUGCGCAGUAGCUACGUGUGGAAGCUGCUGGCGCGACAUCAUCUUCGCGACCAGGAUAAGAACGAUCGGACGGUGCAUCGCGGCAGCUUUGCAGCGUGCUUUUCCAACACAGGUAGGUAUCUGGCUGUCGGAACGCAAUAUGGAACGAUCUCGAUAUUCGAUACGGCACUGCUUGGGGAGCCUGGCGACACGUCGCUGGUGGCCUGUUUCACGUCGUCGAGCCCCAAAGCGGACGCGGGUGCGGUGCGCGAGAUGUCAUUCUGUCCAGGGCCGUAUGACCUGCUGGCGUGGAGCGAGGACUACGGUGCGGUAGGGAUUGCGGACGCGCGGAACAAGUUUGCGGCGCGUCAGAUCAUCAAGCUCGGUGAUGAGUCGGCCUUUGAGCGCAUUGCGAUCAACCAGACCACGCACGUGAACGACGAGCUAGUGGAAGAGCGACAACGCCGACACCAGCGACAGCGUCAGGACGGGGAGGACACGGGCGGCCGAGGCGACUCGAUGCCACGGUUCCGGAACGGAGACUACGGCGUAUCAUCAGAGGAGCAGGCGCUGCGGAUCCGGGAUGCGCUGGACCGAUACCACCUGCCGCUGACGGCGGAAGAGACACAGUUCCUGGACGCACUGCAGCUGCGGCGAGACCGAGACCGGCGGCUGCAGAGAGAGCAGAGGGAGGCUCAGGCGCAGAGGGAGCAGCGCGAGACGGAGCUCUUGGCGCGGCCGUCGGCCUGGAUCCUGCGGUCGCGGCCAGGUCUCGCUGACGGUGGCAGCAGCAGAAACAACAACGGCAGCGGCAAUGGCAACGACGGUAGUUCUGGGACAUCUCGUACGCGUGACCAGGGCCGAGACCGGGACCGGGACCGGGGUGAAGGGGUGACGGUGAGCGACGUGCUGAGCAGCAUCCGUAGUCUCCGCAGCGCACGGGAGCAGGAGCGACGCAACUUUCUGCGGACACAGGGGCUGCUGCAGGCAGCGAUGCAGACGCCGGCGAUUCCGACGAUUGAGAACGAAGAGUCGGGCACGGACGACGACGAGCUCACGGUGCCGAUGCCGGUGCCGGUGCCGGUGCCGGUACCGGUGACAACGACGGCACACGGCCAGCAGCGGCGACGGCUGCCGUGGGGGAGCCUGGACGCACCGCUGCCCAACUUUGGGACACUGGGAGAGCGAGGCGACGCGCGGACGAUUGACUUUCUGCACGCUUACACGGUGGGCAACAAUGGCGGCGCCGAGGCGGGCAGCAGCAGCAACAACAACGGCGGCAGCGGCAGCGGCAACGGCAGUGGAACCGGCGGUGUCGGUCGGCGUGAGCGUGGAGCGCUGCCGGGGUCGUCGCUGCUGAGCCAGACGAUGAUGCUGGACUGGGACACGGGCAUCGUCAGCAUGAGCCGGCGGGCUCGCGAGCCGGCGACGUCGUCGGAACAAAAGGACGGACACACGGCCGGUCUGGUGUGGAGCGAAGAUGGUACCAUAUUCCGAGCCGAGUCCGGCCGCGUUGACGAGUGUCUCGGCGACGACGGUGAACUCUUCAGCCUCGCCGACCGGCCGCACGUGGAUGGCCCAACCGCCACUGCCGUCCUUUUUCGUGUGGCCGAGCGCGCUGAUCCGCACCACUGGCGAGCUGAGCGCGACCGUGCCACCAGCCUGCUCGAAGCCGCCCUGCAGCGCCGCCAUCAGGCCAUGACUGUCGACGAUGCCGGUCGCCAGGCUCUCGAGCACGCCGGCGUCCGCCCGCACGGCCGGCUCGCGGCGCUGGGCCUCGGCCGCGCUCACCCAGCGGAGCGGCAAGAGUGUGGCGUCGUCGUGGUGCCGGCUGUACUCUCUGGCCGCGGCGUCGAUGCGUUGCAGUGCGGCGAGCUGGGCGGCCGUCUGGGCCACCAGCCACUUGCCCGUGCGGCGAUGCGGCACGCCGUGCGCGGCACAAAAGUCGUACAGCAGCCGGCGGCCGCGGAUGCAGAGCUGCGUCUUGAGCGAGUUGGCGCCGUAGUAGAGGCCGGCGUGGAUGACCUCGCUGUUGCGCGAGGAUGUCUCCGUGCCGACGGCGGCGUGGCGUUCGAGCACGAGGACGGAUGA